AUGCCUAGCAACUCCUUUCCCUACCACCACGUGGUACCGACUGGGAUACGAGCAACCAAAGGAAGAUCGGUAAACCGGUGGGAACUUGGUCGUAUGCUAAAAGGGAAGGGCGAUCUGUUCUCCUCGGAGAGCAGCUUGUCUGAGCGUUUGCUCUCCAUGCUAGGGGCGGCUCAAACAGCGUUUGAUCUAGAGUGGACGGCUGAAUUACGACAUUUGAUGCCUCGCUACACCCAAGAUGGCAGCCCCGUCGCGAGACAAGAAGAAAGACCCGAUGAGAAAGAAGCUUUCUACGCACAGCUGGAGAAAUUCCACGAUAGCUGCUCGCGUAAAGACAUCAAGGACGUCAUCGGGGACAUGAGCACUCAGAUCGGUAGGGUGAACAUAUACAAGCCGGUGAUCGGCCCGCACAGCCAGCACACGGACAUCUACAAAACUACCUGGAGAUCACCUACCUCACGUACAGCAAACCAAAUUGACGAAGUUCUCAUUGACGGCCGGUUCUUUUUGGCCAUUACAAACGUACACACCAAUCGCGGUGCGGAUAUUGGCUCGGACCCCUACCUAGUUGCGAUAUCUUUGCGCUUAAAACUGUUCACAGUAUACCACGCGCGACAUCGUCGAACCACGCGGCUUAACAUCAAGCAGCUCAAGGACCCUCAGACUGUCGAGGAACACGCGAAACAGUUCGAAGCGAUACUACCGACGGCGGAGGGGCUUGGCGCAUCGCCUCUCGAAAACGGCUGGUGCAGCAUUCGCACAGCUAUCGAGGAGACCACAACUACGAUACUAUUAGUGGGAGCACUGAGUGGCAGAAACUAG